ACAAGCAGUUGUAAGAUGUCAAAUGCCCAUUUAUGUAUGAUUUUGACUUGAACAAUUUCCGUCUAUUAUUCGUCAAUAACGUGGUCGUUAUGGUUAUAUUUGAUUGUAAUUAAAUCAAAUAUUAGUUUAUCUUAUAUGUGUAACCAAUUGCAAGCAAUUAGCAGAAUUAUUUUCAAUUAGUUAAUCAUGUCUAAACGCCGAAUAGAUAUCAUAGAUCCUUUUAUUAAAAAGAAAAGGGAAGAACGUGGAAUGUCCCUGACAACUACAAAUGUCCUACCAAAAGUCAAUUCAUCGAUUAAUCCUUUGACUGGAUUACCCUUUACUCAACGUUACCAUAACCUCUACAGCAAACGUAUAUUGUUGCCAGUAUUCGAGUAUAAGGCCGAUUUCACUAGACUGCUUCAUGAGAAUCAGUGUAUUGUGUUAGUCGGAGAAACUGGUUCAGGAAAGACAACCCAAAUACCGCAGUGGUGUGUGGAUUAUGCAAGGUCGGUAGGAAAGAAAGGUGUCUGCUGUACUCAACCAAGAAGAGUAGCUGCAAUGUCCGUAGCUCAACGUGUUUCCGAGGAAAUGGACGUUGCGCUUGGACAAGAAGUCGGUUACAGCAUUCGAUUUGAGGAUUGUUCGUCUGCGAAAACUAUUCUCAAAAAGUUGUAGAGAAUUGUGUAGUGCCGCAGCCAGAGAUGGUUUUCAACGUGGGCCGUAGUAGUAGUGUUGUGAGGCACGAACUUCGGUUGACAGACAAAAAUUUUUCAGUACGUUUCUUAAAACGCUCACAUGUCAAAAUAUAUAAAUUCUCAUUUGUUCUUUUUAUUACCCAAAAAGUGUACAUCUACUACCUAGAGUCAAAAGCCUCUCGGCACCCAAGAGCACACAUCACAAUAUUUGUGUCGUGGCUCUUAUCACAAUUCACCACGCGUUGUGACUAUUAAGGAAACCUUAACAAGUGCUUAAUGUUAUCUGACAACCAUCUAAAUUCUACAAAUUAAAAAAAUUAGAUUCCGUAACGCAAACCCAAUUUUUUAAUGAGCAUUACUAAUUACUUUUAUUCGAGGUGCCCACAUACAAAAUUCCAUUUAAAUACUUUAACAAUUGAAAAAAUUAGGUUCUCUGUUGCAUUGGGCAACUUUAGCAGUGGUUUCUAAAAGAAUAAUUGUAUCGCGGCGACACCUGUUACUUAUAUCAAUAGUAAAUUUUACUGACGUUAUUAUGUUUGAAGUAGCUGUCUGUGGGACGGUAUUAGCUCGGGUAUAAAUUAGUCAAUGCCCUAUAUUUACUUACAAGUUGCCACUAUUUAGACCAUAAAGGUUUCUGCCGGUUGAAUACACAUGUGAACACAGGUGAGCAGUAAGGCUUACGCAAACCUACGCGGUGGCGGUGGCGGGCAAUAGAAUGCACACAUUUUAUACAGGCAAUGCAUACUGAAGCGUUCAAGCGGUGGCGGUGGAGAUCAGUGCAGCGAACAAACGCGGCAAUCUAGAGCGGUGGCGAGCGACAGCUGCACUCACAGUUGGUCCGCCAGUUUGCGCUGCAUGUCUCGAAAGAAAAUGACAGAACAACUAAUUGAGUUAGUGAGAGGAAAUCCAAUUUUAUACGAAGUUACAUGUAAGGAGUAUAAAAAUAUAAAAAAGAAAGAUAACGUAUGGGAUGAAUUGGCCAUGAUACUGGACAAACCUGGUGAAGAUAAGUGUAUUUGUUUAUAGUUUUAGUACAUUGUUAGGCAUUAAAAAAAAGAAACAAAUCUAUCCCGUACUUCAAAUGCCAUAUUUCAUCAAUUGGUAGUGUGCGUAAAAAAACAUGUGAUCUCGCGGAUUGAACGCCCUAGUGUGCGGCCUUACGUUCGCCACCGCUACCGCGACCGCGUAGGUUUGCGUAUACCUUUAUGUCUGGAACACGAUAUAUGUUCAAAACAAGAUUUUGUUUAACGAAACUUUUGCAUAGCUUAAAUUUGUGGUCAGUGGCUUACUUCUGGAUAGUGACAGGGCGUUUUUUUAUAGCAACAUACAAAUCUUAUUAUAUUACGCGAGUGAGAUAUUACAUAAUCAAAUUUGAGGGAACAACUCAAAAUAAGGAAAAUAAUUUAUAUUAUAAUUUCACUAUAAUCUCUUCACCCAACA